GUGAGUGCAGCUGUUGUCAGGCCAUCUUUAGUUAAAAGAGGAAAGAAGAAAAAAAACUUGUGGGGCUAGGAAAUCCCCUGCAAGUAGACCAACAUCCCAGUCACCAUCGAUGAUGUCUGCAAUAGCAAUAACAUUGUUAAAUUCAGAACAAAACAUCAAAUACAUGAUCAUAAUGAUAUUUUCGACUGUGUGUGAACAGUUGCACAUGCAAAAGCAAGACAAAACUGAACUAUCCAGGGCGUUGUGAGCUGCUUAAUGUCAGAGGUAACAAAAGGUUACUAUGCAGACACAACUUAAACAACAUGAGUGCAUUUCUAAGUGUGCUUUCUGUUGAUUUUGCAAAAGCUGCAUGCAUUUUUGCAUUUAAAAUUGUUUAGUUUUUUUAUCAGUGCACUUUUUGUGCAUGUAACCGGGAUGACUUUUUAUGGUUUAAAAACUUUUGAAAGACAACCAAAAUGCAAUUAUACCUGUUUUAUGAACUUUCUUCUUCGUUUAGCUUUAUUUAUGGAACAAUUUCGAGGCAAAUGCAUGUAGACUGAUGGCGUAUUAUAGUCCUCUAACUCAAUAUCAGGCAUUAAACUGCUGAUUUAUGAAGUUGCUAUAAAUAAUUUGAUGCAGUAAUCCUUCGCUCCUAUUUAGAACAUACUUAUGGCAUUGUAAACAGUCAAAAUAUGCUAUGUUACUAUUAAAUAUAUCUGUUGUCUGGUAACACUUAGCUAAACAGUCUCAAGUUCCUGGAUGCAUACCAGGUCCCACUUUUGAGCUAAAAAAAAUAUCAGGGCCUUUCACUAUGUGGGAAUUCCCCCUUCUGUUUAAAAACACAGCAAACGCUUCCCCCAUUGCCACUAGUUUCCUUAAAAAACGCCUCUCGGACACAAGUAUAAUGUGUAGAAAGCUAAUGGGGUUUAGAACAGCUGAGACAACCAAUUUAGUUUCCUGCAGUACUGAUUAAAGUUUUCAAGAUAACUCACACCGGAAUGAUACAGGGAAACAUGUUUGGUAAGUGACGGGGGUAACAGAUGGAGGGAAAAGGGCCAUAUCGCAUCUAUGACCCCGGUGGGAGCGAUUGCCAGGUGAAAGAUGAGGCCAGCAGCCUCAGCUACAGACAGCUGCUAGAGGAAAACACCGUUUUGAGGGAGAGAAUGAAAGGUCUGAAGAGUUUAGGAGACCUGUUAGAGGAGUCUCAGACAGAGGCGGCCAAGCUUCGGAAGAGGGUGGAGGAGCUGGUGAGGGAUAACGAAACUCUGAAGUCGUCCACGACCAGCUUUGCCUCCAGUCUGUGCAUGGGCGCCCCUGUUCAGACAGACACACAAGGUCAUGGAAAACAUCACGCUCAUCCUACAACAGAAAGACAAGAAUCUCGGGAUUGUAUAACUGGAAAUACUUUACAACCAGAGGCAACUGAAAGUUCAUCUGGGUUUGAGGUGGUGAAUAUGGAAGAGAAGACGGUCUCGGAAACCCAGACGGCUGGAGGGAUGCACCUGCCACAGGAGAACAUGGAGCUGGCGAGUCAACUCCAGCGUCUGGAGAGUUCUUUUAGUGUAUUUGCUGAAGAGUCAAAUCCCAACCAGCUGCUGGCUCACCUGGGCCGCAUGGCUGUGGAAUUCCACCACUUAUCAUCCAAGGUCCAGAAGAACGAACAGAGAACAUCUCUCCUACAGACACUCUGUGAACAGCUAAGACAGGAAAACAACGAGCUUAGGAAAAAAAUGGAGGAGGACCUCCAGUACCGUAACCGUGAUCUGGAACAGCUGAGGCAGGAGAAUUUGAAACUGAAGGAGCAAGUCAGCGGAGGAGCCCAGGCAGCACCUAUUGAGCAACCAAGCCCAAAGGAGGAGCCAGUGAAAGAAGAGACAACCAAAACUAAGGUGGAAAUGACCAUGACUCAGCAGUCUGGUAAAGCUGUGGAAAAAACACCAUCUAAGACUUGUGAUCCGGAGGUGUAUGAGAAAAAGAUCAAGCUUCUGGAGAAACAGAGGAAAGAUGUACUGGAGGUGAACAAACAGUGGGACAUUCAGUGGAAUUCAAUGAAGACACAGUUUGAGCAGAAGAUCACAGACCUAAGGCAGCGGCUCGCUGACUCCCAAAAGGCUGUGCUUGAGCUCGAAGCAGAACGUGAACAGAGACAAAGAGAUUAUGACAAAAAACUCCUCCUCGCCAAGUCUAAGAUCGACAAUGUGCAGGGUGAGAAGGAGUGCCUCACCUCAGAAACAUGUGAGUUGAAACAAAAGGUGCGUUACCUGCAGGACCAGAUGCUGCCACUUACUAAACAAAGAGAAUACCAGGAGAAAGAGAUCCAAAGGCUUAAUAGGGCAUUAGAGGAAGCUUUGAACCUCCACUCUCCUUCUUCCACCCAGCCAGGCAUGAACCUGGGAGAAGGUGUGGCCAACCUGAGACAGCAGGAACUGCACACACAGAUAGCUGUAUUGAAGGAGCAGGUGAAAAUCUUUGAAGAGGAUUUCCGGAAGGAGAGGAGUGACAGAGAGAGGAUGAACGAAGAGAAAGAAGACUUGAGGCGGCAGGUGGAAAGGCUGCAGGGUCAAUUGAGCAAUCUGACGAAUCAGCUUCAUCAAGCACAGAAUGAGUGUCAGAGAGAGCGUGCAGAGAGGUGUAAACUAGAGAGACUGCAGAUGCAACAUAAGCAGGAGGGGCAACAGGAAAGAAGGACGUCUGAUCCCACUUCUGGCUCGGCCAAUGGACCGAUGAGCCCUCCAUACUGUGGCCCGUUUGUACAGGUGGGCCAUCAAGGUCUAGAGGGGUGGCCCAUACACUUCCCGCCCAGGAUGCCUAACAUCAGUACAGCACCCGGCAGGGAUUUCCAGCCUGUCAACCCCGGUUUUCCCUGGCAGUCAUCCUUCCCACAACCACGUGGUUCCAGAGGACAAGCAGACACAGCGAGACCCCCUCCAGAAACUGCAGAAAUGGGAGCAACUGGAUUUGGGAAAAGGGAGCGUCAGAACAUAGACCCCGGAAAGCACUAACCACAUAUUCUCUCUCCUGGAAUGGCUCCCGGCUAGUAGCAUGAUGCAGUUUAUUUUCAGUUGGCAUGGUGUGAACUAUUGUUUUUUGUUUUGUUUGUUUUUUGUACA